UGUCAAUGUGUGGCAUGUUUUCUGUCAAUACAGUCAUUGGUGCAAGAUGUGCAUGAUUGGAAGAAGGUAUGAACCGACAGAGGAGCCCUAGUGAGCCUGCUCGCUGUCUCUGCCCACCAUGCAUCUACACAAAUGGUGGGAUACCAACAAAAUGACACAAUGACGCCACAUCAAAAACUUAUUGCCGGUUGCAUAUCUGGCGUGACUACGCGGUUCAUAACCCAACCUUUGGAUGUGGUUAAAAUACGGACACAGUUGCAAAAGAAACAAUCUCAUGCUUAUUCAGACAAGUGGUUCUCUACCACCAGGAAGAUCUUCGCCGAAGAGGGGAUUACUGCAUUCUGGCAUGGUCAUAACCUUGGCCAGAUCCAUUCUAUCCUUUCAGUGAGCAGUCAGUUUUAUGUAUACGAAUUAUCAACAAAAUUUGUUUCAAAUGCAUCAAUUGACGACAAAUUCAAACCAUUUAUGAUGUUUUGCUGUGGGUCUUUCGCGGGAGGCUGCAGUGCUGCCCUUGUUAUCCCCCUUGAAGUGGUUCGUGUACGGCAAAUGAUCGUCAAAGAGCAGUACCGAGGGUUCUUCAACGGGGCUAAAAAGGUCUACAAGUCCGGUGGCAUCUUUGCCUUCUAUGAAGGCUUGUCAGCUUCCUUGUUGCAGAUGGGUCCAGCCGUGGGCAUCUCGUUCAGCGUGUUCCGAAUGGUGCAGCAAGGAAUCUUGCACUACCUGAGCGACUGCUCGGCCGGGGACUGCAAGCACGCGCCGGGCAACGUGCACCGGCCGGAGUAUCUGGUGGUCGCCAGCACCCUCGCCGGGAGCGUGUCCGGCUUCGUCUCCAAGUCGCUGACCUACCCGUUCGACCUCGCUAAAAGGAGGCUACAAAUCGCCACUCAUAAACAAGAUGCGCAAUACAAAACCCCCAGCACAUCGAAAGACCUGUUGAAGUGUAAGAAACUGACCCAUUGUCUUGUGGAGACCUAUAAGUCCGAAGGUUUUACUGGACUGUACCGAGGCUGGAAGGUUACCAUCUACAAGGCCCAACUAACCAGCGUAGUCGCGUUCACGACAUACGAGCUCAUCUGCUACGCCAUUAGAGAAUUUGAUGCCGCUUGAAUCAGUGACUAUGUACUAUGUAAUUUGUGAAUAGUGCAGUGUUUAGAAUUGAAAUUAGGAAGCUUUACUAUCGUUUUGAAUAUUAUAUGUUUAUUUACUCUUA